CAUCGCUGCUCGAAUCGACGACAAAGCAUCUCCCACCACUCGGCGCUGACGACCCACACGCUCGAGACGGUCAACUGGGCGGCAGACAGAUGGUGAAGUGUAUCGCUUCUUGUUGAAUUGCGACCGAUGACCUGAGUUGCGAAUGUGGUGUCGCUUGAGCUUUCAUCCCUUAACCGCGCGACGCCAGUGAGCGUCCGUGCAAGCCACACUCGACAAUGUCCAACGAUCAUACAGCACGUCGACUCCUCCCUCAGAGCUCGCAGAUGGGCACCUUCUCCUUCACGCCGCCAACUUACCAGCAGCAGCCUCGUGAGACCCAAAAGAAUUAUGUAUUUGUUGACGAACACAACCGCCACAAGCGGUUGAAGGUGAUGAGGGCGUGCGAAGGGUGUCGAAGGAGGAAAAUCAAAUGCGAUGCAGCAACAACAAACACAUGGCCCUGCUCAGCAUGUAUCCGUCUCAAGCUGCACUGUGUUCGUCCGAAUGGUUUUGACAGCUCUACCGACUCGCAGUCGUAUGAGGCCCUGCAGCAGGAGUAUGAGGCGCCUCAAGCUACCGAAAGUUUCAGACAACAGCUUCCCCUGCAAGAGUCACAGCUUCUCGCACAUGCGCCGAAGCCAGGGUCCCUCUAUGCCUCACAAUCAUCCUACCAGGACGCUUCGGGUCUCUAUCCCCAGGUGCAAUACACAGGAUCCCAAGCGAUUCCUCACAGUCUUCAGCAGUACGCCUCGGUUCAUCAACCUGUAGGUGUUGUUGACCAACAGUAUACUGCACAAACCAAUUUCCCAACGCCCCCGCUACAAAAUGCCCCCCAACCCGAUUCUCCGGCCGACACAUACAGUUCGUCCGACUACGCCCAACAGGAUCUAGCAGAUCUUCUAGGCUCCCUGAAGGUCAAUGAGGCAGGAACAGAACCCGCUACUGAAGAUGGAGAUGACUUCAAGAGUUUACUGCCACCCUUGACAACCGGACCAGGCUCGAAAAUUCGGAUCCCGCCCGAGCUCAUGCCCGACGAUGACACUGUCCUGCAUUAUCUUGACCUCUACUUUGUCAACGCCCAUCCGUACGUGCCCGUUUUGGACAAGGGUCAGUUCUACCAACAGUGGCAUGACCAGAGGCAAUCCAUAUCUCCCCUUCUCCUCGAGGCCAUCUUUGCCAUCGCUGGCCGUUUGGCAGAUGAACCUGCGCAGGGUCAGCAAUGGCUGGCGCUUGCAAUGCGACAUGCGGACUCCUUCAUGGAUGUGCCUAGGUUAAGUACGCUGCAGGCGUUAAUGAUCCUCUUGAAGGCGAGGGAAUCAGCUCCCAAGAAAGGCUAUUAUUAUCGGUCAUGGAUGAGUAUCGUGCAGUGCGUGCAGAUGGCCAAGGAUCUGGGACUCGAUGAGCACCUUGCGGAUCACCAGGCCGGCCGACCCUGUGGGGGAAGCCUCUCGGAAUGUGCAUUGAAAACUAGGAUUUGGCAGACGUUAUUCGUGGUCGAGUUGAUGAUCGGCUCGCCGCAAGGCCGGACCGAUUUUCAGAUUGAAGAAGACUCGGUAGAUUUCAACAUACCGCGGCCGAUACCGAAUACCGACCAAUCCGACUACCAUGUCUCGCGCAACUUCACCUAUUUGGCCAGGAUCGUUCGAAAUGUAGGGCGAAUGGCAAGAGCUUACGGGCGCCUCAAGAAGAGCAAGGAAUGGGGAAUCGACCCCGAGUUUGUCCGGAUCAGUCCGUCUCUGGAAGCUUGGUUAAGGGAGCUUCCGGCCGACUUAACCAUCAGCUAUCCUCCCGAUGGGUCACCGCCCUGGCUCUCUUCCGCUUUUGUCGGCAAUCUCCAUUCCUAUUACUACCUCAGCGUCAUUCUAUUCAACAGGCCCCAACUGGCGUUUCUGCCGCCAACCGGAGCGCAAUGGAAACACCACAUGGUGCUAUCGUACAAUGCGGCGAAGAUGCUGUGCAGGUUACAGGAGGCCGUGAUGGGUUCGUUUGGACUGAAUGGACUCCAGUGUAUGCAGCGGGGUAUCAACUUCACGAUCUACGCGGUGCUUGGCUGCAUCGUGUUGCACCUGGUCGCGAUAACGUCGCCGGAUCCGGACCUCAACUCAGAGGCUAGGGAAUACUUCACCCGCCACAUGAGGAUCUUGGAGAAAUGCAUGAGUGCAUGGCCGAUGCCGGACAUGCAGAAACAAAUCGACUCGGUCCGGGAGGCUUUCUCGGCAGAUACGAGGAAGCCAUUUGUCCUGAAGCCAAGCUUUCCCUACGGCAGCCCGCAGUCGGCGUCGCAUCCGAGUCCUCCUGGCCGACGGCACCUUGACACACAGAUUCCGCAUUCGCAUGUUAGUUACACAAACCACCCCCUGACACCCGUCUCGGCCGGCCCUCCGGACACCAAGAGCGAGUCGCCCAUCGGCCAGUCACUAACCAUUGUCUCAUCGGGGCCCGGUCCACAGGCGACAGGUGUAACACAGACGUUGCCUUUGAACGAGGCUCCCGCUUGGAACCCUUCACGCAUCUUUGAUCAGUGGAACACGUCAUUUGGGGCGCCUCUGGUACAGUCCUCGCCAUCUCCGGUGACGGCGCAGGCUAGCGCCCUUAGUGUUGGAGCUCCCGGAGCGACGCAGACGAGUCUCCAGGACCUACAGGCCGCUCACGCGCAGCUCAGGACCGGGCAGCAACCGAUGGCGACAGCGCAUUAUCCGACGGCACCGGUGCAGUCCUUUGUCACGCCAGCCAUGUGGCAAGAGUCGGUAGCAAGCGUUUACGAGGGCGGACUCAAACGGACGUGGGCGGAUUAUGAUGGGCAUAUGGGUGUGAAGCGCCACUGAAGCUGAGUGGAUUAGAGGGUGUGCUUCGCCCUCUUCUUCUCGGUGCUUGCUAGGUCGGCAUGCUGUGGUAAUAAGGAUUCUGCAUCGGGCAUUUUCCGGCGAGGGGUUCAUUUGGGCAUGAUGGGAUGGGUCGGCCAUGAUACGAAAAAAAAUAGGCGGAACUAAACGCGGCGGUUGUCUAAAAGACCUCUUUGCUCGGCGGGUACACUGUUGAUUAGGGGACAUCCAAGGCGGCGUUUUGGGGUUUCCAGUGGCACAUACUA